AGAAGUGCCUCUCCGGAGAUAUUCUCGGGUCCGCGUGUCGUCUCCGCGAAACCCCUCGAACCGAACCAGCCCGUCGGGUCGCCGGUCUGCAGGACACCGCCGCGGCACCCCGGUCAUCGCUACGCGCGGCCGCCCCUUCGCGUGGCUGUGGCAGACUGUCCGUGUGAAGAUGGGCCUCGUCUCCAGCCCCGUCCCGUAGCAAAGAGCCCCGGGGAGUGGAGCCGCAGGUUCCCCUGCAAACACGCGCCCGUGCAGCUCGCCUUCGACGGCUUCGACCUGCUGUACCGGCUGUGGACGCUGCCCUACAGUUUCCUGACCAGGAUCAUCUGCGCCACCGUGUCUGUCAUCGCCCGCAGACGGAGAGCCUCUUCCCCAUCCCGGGUCGAUCAUCCCGCCGCACCAAGGGCCCUGAUGAAAAUGGACUCGGACCUGCUUCAUUCCCCCGCCGUGGGCCUCACGGAGGAAGAGGAGGCCGACAUGAAUGACUGGAAGCUUCCUUUGACCUUCAUGAAGAAAAGGCACUUGGAGAAGAUCGAGGGCUCCAAGGCGUUAGCACAGAGCUGGAGGAUGAAGGACAGGAUGAAGACGGUGAGCGUUGCUCUGGUGUUGUGUCUCAACGUGGGAGUGGACCCCCCUGACGUGGUCAAGACAUCCCCCUGUGCCAGGCUGGAGUGUUGGAUAGAUCCUCUGUCGAUGAGUCCACAGAAAGCCCUGGAGACCAUCGGGGCAAACUUGCAGAAGCAGUAUGAAAACUGGCAGCCCAGAGCACGCUACAAACAGAGUCUGGACCCCACAGUGGACGAAGUGAAGAAGCUCUGCACGUCGCUGAGGCGCAACGCUAAAGAGGAGAGGGUCCUCUUCCACUACAACGGCCAUGGAGUGCCUCGGCCCACCGUCAACGGGGAAAUCUGGGUUUUUAACAAGAAUUACACCCAAUACAUCCCGCUGUCCAUCUACGACCUGCAGACGUGGAUGGGGAGCCCGUCCAUUUUCGUUUACGACUGCUCCAACGCGGGGAUCAUCGUCAAGUCGUUUAAGCAGUUCGCGCUGCAGAGAGAGCAGGAGCUGGAGGUUGCGGCCAUCAAUCCCAGCCACCCUCUCGCGCAGAUGCCGCUUCCGCCCUCCAUGAAGAACUGCAUCCAGCUCGCUGCGUGUGAGGCCAACGAGCUGCUGCCCAUGAACCCGGACCUCCCUGCAGACCUGUUCACCUCCUGCCUCACCACGCCCAUCAAGAUCGCACUUCGAUGGUUCUGCAUGCAGAAGAGUGCCAAGUUGGUGCCAGGGGUGACGUUAGACCUCAUUGAGAAGAUCCCUGGCAGGCUCAACGACAGACGCACGCCCCUCGGAGAGCUUAACUGGAUCUUCACCGCCAUCACCGACACCAUCGCGUGGAACGUGCUGCCCAGGGAUCUGUUCCAGAAGUUGUUUCGUCAGGACUUGCUGGUGGCCAGCUUGUUCCGCAAUUUCCUGCUCGCGGAGAGGAUAAUGAGGUCGUACAACUGUACACCAGUCAGCAGCCCCCGUCUGCCCCCCACAUACAUGCACGCCAUGUGGCAAGCCUGGGACUUGGCCGUGGACAUCUGCCUCUCUCAGCUGCCUACCAUCAUCGAGGAGGGCACCGCCUUCAGAACCAGUCCAUUCUUCGCAGAACAGCUCACAGCGUUUCAGGUGUGGUUGACCAUGGGAGUGGAGAACAGAAACCCUCCUGAGCAGCUCCCUAUAGUACUGCAGGUCCUCCUGAGUCAAGUGCACCGGCUGAGGGCUCUGGACCUGCUCGGGCUGUUUCUGGAUCUGGGACCCUGGGCCGUCAGCCUGGCCCUGUCUGUGGGGAUCUUCCCGUACGUGUUAAAGCUCCUCCAGAGUUCAGCCAGGGAGCUGCGGCCGCUGCUCGUGUUCAUCUGGGCUAAAAUCCUGGCUGUGGACAGUUCAUGUCAGGCUGACCUGGUGAAAGACAACGGACACAAGUACUUCCUGUCCGUGCUAGCCGACAGUUACAUGCCUGCUGAACACCGGACCAUGGCCGUUUUCAUCCUGGCCGUCAUCGUCAACAACUACAACACGGGGCAGGUGGCCCAGCAGCCCUCUCUCCUGGUAACCUGAGCACCAGCAGCAGCGCCAGCAGCACACUGGGGAGUCCUGACAACGACGAGUACAUCCUCUCCUUUGAAACCAUCGACAAGAUGCGGCGGGUCUCUUCGUAUUCUUCCCUAAACUCCCUUAUAGGUGUGUCCUUCAACAGUGUUUACACUCAGAUAUGGAGAGUGCUGCUCCACCUAGCUGCAGAUCCAUUCCCAGAGGUUUCAGAUCUGGCCAUGAAAGUCCUCAACAGCAUCGCCUACAAGGCGACGAUGAACGCCCGGCCGCAGAGGAUUCUGGACUCUGGGUCGUUGACGCAGUCGGCGCCCGCCAGUCCCACCAGCAAAGGCACGCACAUCCAUCAGGCGGGCGGCUCUCCGCCCAUGCCCAGCACCAGCAGCUCCAGCCUGACCAACGAAGUCCCCAAACCCCCCGUCAGAGAGCAGCCAGCCACACGGCCCCCCUACACCCCGACGCUGGGAGGACAGGCCCCCCACUCACACCAGUUCCCCCGCACACGCAAGAUGUUUGACAAGGGACCGGAGCAGGCAGCUGAAGAUGGCGAGGAGCCGGGGGGCCACAGGAACUACGUCAGUCUGGCGCUGCAGACUGGCCUGUGUGACUGGAGUGCCAAGUAUUUCGCUCAGCCUGUCAUGAAGAUCCCAGAGGAGCAUGACCUGGAGAGUCAGGUGAGGAUGGAGCGGCAGUGGAGGUUCCUGAGAAACGCCCGCGUCCGAAGACAGAGCCGGGUCAUCACGCAAAAAGGCAUUUCCCGUCUAGACGACCAAAUAUUCAUCAACCGUAACCCCGGAGUACCAUCCGUUGUGAAGUUUCACCCCUUCAACACCUGCAUCGCUGUGGCCGACAAGGACAGCAUCUGUUUCUGGGACUGGGAGAAGGGCGAGAGGCUGGACUACUUCUACAACGGGAACCCUCGCUACACGCGGAUCACAGCCAUGGAGUACCUGAACGGACACGACUGUUCGUUGCUGCUCACUGCGACAGACGACGGAGCUUUGCGUGUCUGGAAGAACUUUGCCGACCAGAAGAACCCAGAGAUGGUAACGGCCUGGCAGGGCCUCUCAGACAUGCUGCCAACCACCAGAGGUCUGGCCAGAAGGGUUUCCAUCUAUCUUGACAGGAGCAAGCAAGGAGGAGCUGGGAUGGUGGUGGACUGGGAGCAGGAGACCGGUCUCCUCAUGACGUCGGGAGACGUGAGAGUCAUUCGCAUCUGGGACACCGACAGGGAGAUGAAGGUCCAGGACAUCCCGACCGGAGCCGACAGUUGCGUCACCAGCCUGUCCAGCGACUCCCAGCGUUCGCUCAUCGUUGCGGGUCUGGGCGACGGAUCGGUACGCGUCUUUGAUCGCAGGAUGGGCCCCAGUGAAUGUCGAGUGAUGACCUACAGGGAACACGGGGCCUGGGUGGUGAAAGCUCACCUGCAGAAGGAGACGGACGGAAACAUUAUCAGCGUCAGUGUUAACGGAGACGUUCGGUUCUUCGAACCGCGGACGCCAGACUCCAUUAAUGUGCUGCAGACCGUAAAGGGAUUAACGGCUCUGGACAUCCACCCACAGGCCAACCUCUUCGCCUGUGGAUCGAUGAACCAGUUCAUAGCCGUCUACAACGCUAACGGCGACGUGAUCAGCAACAUAAAGUACUACGACGGCUUCAUGGGACAGAGGAUCGGGGCCAUCAGCUGUUUAGCCUUUCAUCCACACUGGCCCCACUUGGCCGUGGGAAGCAACGACUACUACAUGUCCAUCUAUUCUGCAGAGAAGCGGCUCAGAUAACACACCAGCAUCUAUACCCCCCUCCCCCCAACUCAUGAAUUCUGACCCUGAGCCUCGAUCACUGAGACGUAAAGGAUGGGGUUUUGUUUUUUGUUUUUUUUGUACAUACAUUUCACCACAGUGAAUGUUCAAGUGAUGGCUGCUGACAAAAAAACUCAUGCUACAAACGUCUCUAUACAUAAAUAUAUAUAUAUAAUUAUUAAUAUUAUGAUUGUUUAUUCAUAUUCUUAUUAUGAGGCUCAUGAUUGUAGACUUGGCUGUGCUGAGGAGUCUGUGUGUAUAUAAUUAGCAGAAGAAGAAGAGGUUCUAUUUUAAAGAAGUGCUACCCACGGAUCCCCCGCAGCUCCUCGAGCAUCACUACCUGAAUGAACUUUGACCCGACACCCGCAGAAGCUCACAGUGGGGGGUCUCACACACACAAACUGUUGAAACAAAGCGAGCGAAACAGGACGCAUGGACUGAACCCACCCACCGCCCCGCCCCCCCACCCCCCCUGCCCUGGACCCUGGUGUGUUUCUGACCUCAUGUCAGAAGCAGACUCACUGCAAAGAGAAGCAGCUUUACUCCCUGGAGGUUAAAAAGGACUAACCCAGAAGUGAUGGACUGUGCUUGUUGUUGUGUGCCAGAUGUUACGAGGGAAUGUUUUUGUCUGUGUUUGUGUUACCAUAGCACACAUGUACCCCACCGUGGGCCCCCGCAGGCCCAAAAAGACACCCUACCCCCCCUGGUGUGCCAAACAUAAUCAGAAUCGUCCGCCUCUUCGCUGUGGCUGUAAAGGUUUUUUUUUCUUCUUUCUUUUUCGGUUUAUUUAUCUGUUUUAAUGAAGUGAAAACCUGCAUCCUGCCCACCCCGAGAACACAAGUGCUGUCAUCCUCCACCCCCCUGGAGGUUGUACGGCCUGCUUACCUGGUCGCCGUGGAAAGCAAUAAGGCCGCUCCUGCUUCAGCUCACAGAUCCACUCAUUUUCAGUUUGCGCCUCUCUAAUCGUUUUCGUCAGCGGAGCAGCAGAAAGGUGAGUUUUACAACACUAGCUUCCAGGAACGACAGAUCGAUGUUGUUUCCUCGUCACUCUCUAAACUCUGCUGAAUAAAAAUCGUCCGAAAAGCGCUAAAGAAAGCUUUUACAUAGGUGUUCCUGAAGUCCUACCCCCUCCCGUCUCACUCUGGCCGUAUUCAAUCGUAAUCUAUUUAUUAUUUUGAGCGCCGCCUUCGUUUAAGAUCCCGCGUGUUGGGAGGGUUGGGGGUGUGUUUCACGUCAGCUGCCUGUUUAUCCCCACAUCAGCGUGUGCUCCAGUCAGCACCCUUGAUUUCACUCAGGAAUCUGAAGGAACCACCUCAAACAGCUGAUCUCAGAGCAGUGAGGACGCUCAGGUUAGUCUCAUGUUAUGGAGAUGAGUGUCACCGCGGUGCGUUUAGGUUCUGUGGUUCGUCUUCUCUGUGCGUGCCCGAUCACCAACAACGUGCCUCUUUCCUCUGGGCCACAGCUUUGCCUUCUUAGCUUCUUCUUUUUUUAUUUCUCUUUCUGUUCUUGUAAUUGAUGUUUUUAAGUGCUUCCUUUUUUUCUUUUUGUUCACCUCGCUUUUUCUCUGACGCGACCCCGCCCCCUCCUGCAUCUCGCGACCCGCAAGUGAAGUUUUUUUUUUUUUCUCCCCUGCAAAGAACACGGUUAGGAAACCUGCGUCCCUGACCGCCACCCGACUCCACAGCAUGGCACGGCUUCAGCCAUUUUUGGUUCACCUCAGCAGGCGACAACCGACCAGAACCACUUUUGUCUCUAAUUAUCCUGCUUUUGAGUUUUAAUAUUUUAGACUUAGGGGGGGGAAAGAGACUUUACCAUGGUAGUAAGAAAAGAAAAGUGAAAACAAUCAGGUUCGUCUCUGUGACUGUAGACGCCUUGACUGACUGUGGUUUAUGAGAUGAAAUCGGUGAAAUAAACCAAAUACAACACCUGA